GACCACUCCCGGGCACCAGGGGGCAGUCGUUUGUAAUCUUGCCGCGGUUGUUGGACUUAGAAGAAGCAUCAUGGACUUUGAGGAGGACAGAGUAAAGAUCCCCUUUGGCACAAAACACUUGGAUGCAGCCUUGUAUGUCCCUUCUGUAUCAGUGGACACUGUCCACACAGCUGUUGUCCUCACGCAUGGUGCUGGUGGAGACAUGAACUUCAGACAUCUUAUGUCUCUUUCACACACUUUGGCCUCAAAUGGCUUCAUUUGUCUUCGUUUUACAUUCAAAGGCUUAAACCUGGUGAAGGCUUAUCGUGCUGUGUGGGAUUUUUUGAAAUUGCAACAGAAGUUCUCUUUAACUCACAUUUUUGUUGGAGGCCGGUCAAUGGGAAGCCGUGCUGCGGUGGCUCUGGCCAGACAGCUGAGUGAUGAAAAUGAGGGUGCUGUGCAGGGUGUCCUCUGCCUGUCGUUCUCGCUGCACCUUCCAGCACAGAAACCAGCCCAUCAGAAAAGGAGUGAGGACCUCAGAAGACUGCCUGAAUACACACCUGUGCUGUUUGUAUCAGGCACUGAAGACAACAUGUGUGACAAGUUUAAUCAAUGA